GGUAAAGGAAAACGCUGAUCGAGCCUCAUUCGCGAGCUUUGUUGUCGAGCAGGAUAAAGUCCUCUUGAUCUGCUCUUUUUCACCGUCAAAAUGCCUACGGCGUCAAUUAAAACUGAAACCAAUGGGGUUAUAGAAUCGAAUGAUCCUUUAGACAGAAUUCAAAAUGAAUUGGCUGUUCGAUUGAAAGACCUGGAACAGAAAAAA